GGGGGUGGGGCCUGGGCACAGGGCUGCCGCUAUGUGACGGUGCCCGCGGGGAGCUGGCUGUAUUCGGCUGCUCGGUAGCGGGACCGGGACAGGACAGGCAUAUAGAGGAAAAGAAAAGGGAUAGGGCUGAGCCUCCGGGACGGUACCGAGUAUCGCUGCUCACUCACUCGUUAACUGAGGUGGAGACCGUACAUUUAGAAGUAAACCAUGUCUGAAAGAAAAGCUGUCAUCAAGAAUGCUGACAUGUCUGAAGACAUGCAGCAGGAAGCUGUGGAAUGUGCUACCCAAGCACUAGAGAAGUACAACAUUGAGAAAGAUAUAGCAGCUUUCAUCAAGAAGGAAUUUGACAAAAAGUACAAUCCCACAUGGCAUUGUAUUGUGGGUAGAAACUUCGGAAGCUACGUGACUCAUGAAACAAAACACUUCAUCUAUUUCUACCUGGGCCAAGUAGCCAUCCUUCUUUUUAAGUCUGGCUGAAGAGGCUGCACUUAUCGGGCUUCAAAUGCAGUUGAUCCAAGGAAAAGACUACUUUAAAAAAAGUAUCCUCUGUUUUUGCUAAUCCACAAAGGGAGACUUGAACAAUGUGUCCGGUGUAAUUUCCAGCAUGGUGAAACCAAAUUUAAGAUGCUUUCUUUCUUCUCCCCUCCCCUCCCCAUCCCACCCCACCCCACCGCACUCCACUCUUCCCACAAAUGGUCACUAAGGUUUUCCGGUGACUUUGUAUUUAUUUUCUUUGUCCUACUUUCCAACAUUUCCAAUUCAAUAAACAAGUUUUGAUACCACUUUAA